AGCAUCAGUAUCAUUGGAACAGCGAAACUCAACACUCGUCUAGGUGUAACCUUAAUAAAAAUCUAAACGAACCGCAACGAACAACGGAAUCUCUAAAAAGAAAAGCCAAAAAGCAAAUUUUUCCUGUGUCACAAUCAUGGUCCCUUACUCUUAGCCAUUAAUCAAAAGAAUAGAAAAAAGGAAAGAAAAUCAAACAAUCAAGCCAACUUGCUAAAGUGCUACAAGGGCUAUUUUAUGAUACCAAGAGCAACAAUUUUUAGCAGUAUUUUAUGACAAGCAACAUUUGAGAGAAUAAUUGCAAGCAGCAGUCAGUGUUAAUUACGCAUAAACGGAUUAAAACCCAAAGAGCAAAAAGGAAACAAAAUUAAGAAAAUAUACCUUUGAGAAAAAAAAUUGAAAAAUUGUGAAUUUGCCUGUGAUUUUAAAGCAAAAAGUGAAUUAACUAAAAUCUAAUAAAAAACGACGUUGUGUUGUUUAAUACCCUGUAGGUGUUAAUAGCAAUAUCAAAGACAUCAACAGCACUAACAAAAACAACAUCAACUAAACAAGUAUUCACCCACAAAUCAGAGUAACAACAAAGUGUGCAAACAUUUUCUUAUGUCUAUAGAUCUACAAGUUUUAUAAGAGUGAGUCUCUCAGUGUGUGUGGUAUGUGUUGUGUUCGUUCAAGUGCAAGAAUAAAAAUGAUUUAUCUAUGAGUUAUUGUCUCAACUUGUCUACUGUGCUCAUCACCGCUCUCUUCCACACGUAACAACAAUUUGUCGUCAUUGCCGUAUAAUACUACUCUUCUCUUGCUGUUAAUUGUAUUAUUUAUACAACGUAAAGCGUCGUAAUCAACAUUUUAAUUUCCUCUUGACGCCUACAUUUUUUGUGGAGCAACAUCGACCAAGAGGCGGAAAAAUCAUACCAAACUAAUCAAUGCCCAACAAAAUAUGCAAAUUCAUUAUUGAAGCAGCCACAAGCCACAUACAUAGCAUACGGCCCAACUGAGUCAACUUUGGGUGAGAAGAGAAAAGGUAUUUUUACUGGCAUUUAUCUGGCAACGUCAUAGAAAAGCCAAUGGCCAAAGUUACUGAAAUCAUUUGGGUGGAAAAAUUCAAUUAAGUAUUUAAUACAUAGAAAAAUCUUAUGCCCGGCAUGCAUGCAUGCAGCUUGGUUUUCAUGUCCCUGAAGUUGUAACGAGCGAUGAAAUUUGCAUGACCUCUAUUACACCAGCAAAAAGGAUUGCAUAGCAAUGCAACUAUAUUCAACGAAUAGUCCAAGAAUAACAACAGCUACACCAUCAUUUGAACCUCAAAAGUCUGCAGGAAUAGCAGCGCCAGCAACGUGCUCAUCAGCCAUAGCUGGGAAUUUUAUUGGCAAUUACUAACAAUUGGCAUUGACAUCAACGCCCAGCUUCCGUCAGUUUUCCCAUUUCGCUGCCACUCACUCAUUCGCUCUUCUGCAUGCAUAGAAACACAUAAAUAUUUGAACUUCAAUUGACAUUGUCGAAACUGGUUUGCUGCAAAUAGCGCUCCAACAAAAGAGCACUUCUUUUAGGAAUCCACCAGCACCAUCAGACCUCCCAUUGUGACCACUUAAAGUGUGCAUUAUUUUGGUAUUACCCACCCAAAGGUGUCCUUGCAUACAACUGCCGCUUUUACGGAAACUCUGUACCGAAAAUCAACGUCAUUUAACGCCUGUUGCUCUUAAUUAUUGUAAUUCGAUUUAGUUGAACGACAUUGUAUUGGAAAAUUUUAUUAUCAGCCAACGAAAUCCAUUUUAUACCGCCAAGUUGGAAGGAAAACGGCUUUUUACAGCAGUUAAUAAUUUUUUCACUGGUUCAACAUUUGCCAGGGAAAUCAAACAUCUAAUGACACGUAAUACAUCGGUAAGUGUCGACGACACUUCAGAAGUAUCGACAAAUGUUGACCAACAACUGCCCACGGCUACGGGGGAUGAGCAACACUCAGCUGAUCCACAAGCUGCAGCGAAUACACACAAUGAACAAAGCACAUCGAUAGCAUCGCCACCGAGCGCAUUGGAGGCCAACACAACAAAAAUGACGACGAAACGUAGGCGUUCGCCGCGUCAGCGUAAAAAAGACUCUGAACAUGGCAGCGUCGGCAAUGUCACACAAGCAUCCGGUAAAACUGAACAACAGAAGAGUGGUAGCAGUAGUACAACUUAUCGUAGACAAAGCAGACAUCAACGAACCUCUAGGAAUGCCUCCGAUCCCGAUACAGAUUCGUCGUGUGAUUUUGCCUCCAGUGCGUCAGGGCAAAGGCAGGAGCAACAGUCAAGACGUCAUUAUAAAAGUAUACCCAAUACCACGGUUACUUCGGUGGAGGAAUACACCGAGGACAUUGUGUACGAGGACAACGAUGAGGAUGAAUUCAAUGGCAAUGGUGGUGGUGGUACUGGCCAAGAAGAGCAGGACGAGGAGGAAAGUGACUAUGAUGACGAGGAUGAAGAAUACGAUGACAGCGACUAUGGCGAGUAUGAUGACAACGAUGAGGAUGUAGAUGAUGAGGGCAAUGGAGCCGAAGACGAGGAAUACGAUGAUCGCUUUGUAGAGACUUCAACAAAAGCCAAUAAAAAACACCGCAGCAAGAAGGGCAGCAGCACAGGUAGCAAACGUAAAGCGAAAACACGUCAAUUCACAAGCCAGCGAUCUGCAUCUAAUGAAUCAUAUGAGGCCGCUAGCGGUCGUAUCAUAUCGAAAAGUCAAAUGAGAGAAUUCCGCGAAGCCUUUCGUUUAUUUGAUAAGGAUGGUGAUGGUUGCAUUACCAAAGAGGAGCUUGGUACCGUUAUGCGUUCAUUGGGUCAAUUUGCCCGAGUCGAAGAGUUGCAAGAAAUGUUGCAGGAAAUCGAUGUUGAUGGUGAUGGCAAUGUUAGUUUUGAAGAAUUUGUUGAUAUCCUAUCAAAUAUGGCAUAUGAGGAUAAAUCUGGCUUGCCAGCUGCUGACCAGGAAGAGAGGGAACUACGUGAUGCAUUUCGUGUAUUUGACAAACAUAAUCGUGGUUAUAUAACCGCUUCCGAUUUAAGAGCUGUUCUACAAUGUCUGGGCGAAGACUUGGAUGAAGAGGAGAUUGAAGAUAUGAUUAAGGAAGUCGAUGUGGACGGAGAUGGUCGCAUUGAUUUCUAUGAAUUUGUGCAUGCACUUGGCGAACCGGAAGACUCGCAGGAAAACGACGAGGAGGAGGAGAAUACAACAUCGCCAUUGCCAACACCAAAAUCGAAUGUUUCCAUAACAUAUGAGUAGAUUUUAAGACAACUCAAACACACACACACACACACACACCAUGCCAGCCUAAGAACCAAGUGAAGUCCAGAAUAUCUUCUGGUGGAAAACUCAUUUAAAUACUUUGCUGGUGUAUAAAAUAAAAACGACAAGGACAUAAAAUCCCAUUAAAAUUCUCGUAAUAAAUACAAAUACAAGCAACACCACUAAAACAAAAAACCACAACUUAAAUUGAUAGCAAAUAAAAAAAGACGCUACAGAAUGUAACGAAUAAGAAAUAUAGCAAUCAAAAUUUAAA